GUCACACCGAGCAUUGCAUCGACUCCAAGAUGGCGAAAACACGUCUGGCUUGCCUCCUGACUCUCCUCUCAACUCACUGCUACUUCAGCGCGUUGGCAGUGGUGCUGAAGUCAGACAACGAAUCGCCGUGGACCAACGAGUUUGACAAAAUCGAGUUAACUUGUUUGAUUGAGUCCAUUUCCACAACCAAUCCCAGGAUCGAAUGGAAGAAGAUAACGAACGAGGGGCCGAGUUACGUGUACUUUGAAAAGAAGAUCUCAGGUGACCUGGAAAACAGAGCGAUGAUCAGGGAACCCGCCACGCUAGUGAUUACCAACGCCACAAGGUCGGACACGGCCAAAUACCGCUGCGAGGUCACCGCCGCCAACGACCAGAAGUCAUUCGACGAGCUCGUGAUCGACCUCGUUGUGAGAGUGAAGCCAGUGGUGCCGAAAUGCAGCGUCCCAAAGUCGGUGCCUUUUGGGAAGUCGGCGGAGCUAAGCUGCGUGGAGGAGGAGGGCUUCCCCAAGUCCCAGUACCAGUGGUUCAAGAACCGGGAGGAGAUCCCCGACGACCCAAAGUCCAGCCUCAAGUUCUUCAACUCCUCCUACACACUCAACGCAGACUCAGGGACUCUGAAUUUCAUCGCAGUCAGAAAAGAAGAUGCAGGCGAGUACUUCUGCCGAGCGAAGAACGACGCAGGAUACUCUGAGUGUCCGCCCCAGAAGAUGGAAGUCUAUGAUAUCGAUGUUGUGGGGAUUAUACUGGGAGUGCUGGUGGUGGUCGUGGUGCUCAUAUGUAUAACAGCAGGGAUCUGCUGUGCGUACAAGCGAGGCUACUUCUCCAGCCAGAAACAGACGGGGAACAAUUACAAAGUUCCAGCUAAAGGAGAUGGAGUGGACUACGUCAGGACGGAGGAUGAGGGGGAUUUCCGACACAAGUCGUCCUUCGUGAUCUGAGGAUGGAGGGGGACGGAUGAGGGGCGCCGUGCAGAGCGGGAGACGUGACAUUGUGGGGACCUUCGCUCCACGCUGUCUGACCACGGAGCCGCCACAGUUAAAACGCUCCGAGCUCUCGGCGCGACCGAAAUCCAAACCGCUCGAGUUUGCCAAAGGUGACGAGAUUUCACGGGACAACAACAUGUCAAACUUUUAAUACACAACAUAGGGGACUGAGAUUCAUUCGUCGACUUUUUAUCCCCACCAACCGAAUUCUUUUGCUAAAUUAUGGAGUUCUUACUUUACAGUUGUUGCAUGGUUUUUAAAACACAGACCGAGGUGGAGGAAACGUUUCUUUAUUCUGCCAGAUAGAAAGGAGGAGCGUCUUCCCCUCCAAAGUCAGUCAUGACACCUUUCUACUUUUGCUUCAAAACCUUCUCGUCAUUUGUAUAACCUUUCUUUUUUACUGUUGAAAUUUGUCAGACUAUUUUUGAUGGAAUAUAUUUUAAAAAUGCCUAUAGAUAAAGGUUUACUUUUUUAAAUAUUUGUAAAAUACUAACAUGUGUUUUUUUUGUUUUGUUUUUUUUGGUCGUGGAUAAAAAACAAAUAUGUAACACUUUAACCGCAUCAGGCUGUAAGCAUUUACGCUUCUGCAAUCGGAAGAAAGAGUUGUUUCGGAACAAACAGAAAAAAAAAGACUUGUAUCGGCAUAUCGCAAUGUGGUUCUUGAUCGGCGGUCUUACAUAUUUAAUUUCCCGCCCGCUUUCUGUUGUGAGACUCUUCCAUGUUCUUGUUUGUAGAUAGUCUUAGUAAGAGGCUUUGAAGAGUGCCAGUCCAAUGCUGUGAAACACUGCACACAAUCAGUGCUGCAUUUUCUUGAUUUUUAAGUGUCCUUCUUUGCUUGCUGUUGAUCUUGUAUAUAUUGAAUUUACUGUCCAGGAUAGAGUUUUUUGCUGUAAUAUGUGCGUUCAGUAUUACACUAUAAUAAUUAUGGUAAUAAUAAUACAGGGUUUGUCGGUUAACCUUCCAGACCCGAUGAAAAGGAAGUUGUAAUACUAGAGGUGUUACUUUGAUGUUUUACUGUGUAAAAGCCUCGAUUUGAAAUUCUGAAUGGAAACAAAUUGGAUAGAGGACAGAGAGCUUCCUGUUGCUGACAGUGACAGUUGAGGACUUUGUUAUUUUGACUACUGACUCGCCUAUAUUUAAGAUACAUUCACUAAAGGUACCAAGAACAUCAGUGGAAUUGCCCCGACACUACAGUCCAUUCACAGACUACUACAGUCAGGUGUACAAUCUGUCCCUGUCCAAUCUGUUUACAAACUAUUUCUGCUGAUAAUUGUGCAAAUUAGAGAGUAGACCUCGUUUUGACAUUUCUAACCUUUAUUGUUUUGGUUGAUCUGACCCUGCACUUCAGUGUGACAGUGAUAUACAGCGAGGGUCUGGAGGGUUAACAGUUGUACUGAUUGUAUAUAGAUAUUUGUCUUUUUUUUUGUUCUCUCUCAAGAUUAUGUAAAGAGGUGAAAAAAUGUAAAAUGUCCUUUUUGAGGCGAUAUGAAACUCUUUCCAUUUGUAACACUGAGAAAAUGGUAACAUUUUAUCAUAUCUUUCAUAACAAGUGAGUACAGAAGCCCUGAGAGACAAGUGAGAUUUUUUUAUAUUUUGUGAUCAAUUUUCUGAGUCUGAUCUAAAUUGUUUUCUCUCCUGUGUUUAUGACCUAAUACCAGGUUCUUUUUUGUUUCUUUGUUGUUUUAAUUUUGGCCACAAGAGGUCCCAGUGUACGAUUACUCCAUUUACUCAAUAGGACUAAAAGCAUUCAUGUUUUCUUCCAGGUGACUUUUAAUUUGUCGGUGCACUCUAAACACCAUGUAUAUUGUGUGUUAGCAAGUUGUGUAAAUCAAAACCGGUCUGGAUAAAAGCAUGCUUCGGCCUCUUGUGGCCAAAAUGGGUAUUACAACAACAAACACACAAACACAAAAAAUUACCCAGACAAAACCUUUUUUUUACCUGUUUUUGAGUCUAUCACAGGAGAGAAAACUACUUAGAAAAUAAUAAGGAAAUGGAUGACCAGAGUUUUUGGUUUUCUCACUGGCUUCUCAAGGCUUCCAUACAUGAACAAGAGCUUCUUCACAACAGCACGUUAAAAUUCAGUCAUAAUUUGACCUUUGUGUCGGUGUUCAGAACAAACCGCUUGCUGUUUCAAAGCUCUGUUGCUCUUGGCUCCUUCUCGUUAUAUUUGUCGAGGCUCCAAGCAGAUAAAACAAACACACCUGAUAUGUAUCAGAACCUCUUGUUCAGCUGUUAUGAAGUGAGAAGUGUGGUAAAAUGUUAACAGAACACCAGUCGUGGUAGAGACGAUCUGCCCUACAUUUGCACAGAGGAAGAAGAAACACUGCUUUUUCCAAGUUGCAUCAAGGAACCAUGAGAAAAAAAAGGAAUCCUGUUACAGGUGCAUUACUGUUUAUGGUGCGACACAAGUCACGCAGCACACAGACGCAUACGUUCCCCCUCCUUCAGUUGUACAAAUUUCAUUCCUCUUAAGUGCCUUUUGCCUUUACAGUAGUCCGGUUUCUCCUCAGCCAUGCUCCCCCUCUAUGUGUACAUGGCUAUAUGACGCUGUCAGAGACGUCCCGUUUUACAUUCAUUUAACCACAAGCGCGGCGUUUGAGAGGAAUGAUGUCACCGCUAAAACAACCACCUCCCUUCUUUUACAUACGUAUCUGCAAAUUUGUAAAUAGCCUUUUUUUUCAUAGAUUUGAAGGUGUAGACAUGUUGAAGUAGAAAUAGAAAUAUAUUAGUGCCUAAAUAUAGUGGGAAUUAUUUUUGGUAAAGACACAUAGCACUAUUAGGCAAAAGGAAAAGAUUGACACCUGUUGACAUGCAAGCUCUGGUUUAUAACGCGUUUUUAAAAAGACACACUGUCCUGGUGCGUUUUUAAUUUCUAUUGCGGACAGCCGGGGGGGGCAUUUUAUUUUGAAACCCACCGCCGCUCCACGGCUCGCAGCGAUGAACACGAUGUCCAAACCAAGAGUUCACUCAGUAUUCAUGAAAAGUGCCAUGCAGCCGUAACGGAGCUCUCAUUAUUCAGGUGGUUGCGAGUGUUUUUUUUGUAAAGCAGAGCUCAUGCAAAGCGUCAGCCACAACAACAAACAGGACUUCCAGCUCCAUGUAGGCCCACAUUCACCCCACAGGUAGACCCAGAAACAGGGCUGUCUGCGAUCGGGCUGGGAGUUGCAAAGCAGGGCUGGAGACAAUGUGGACAAGAUGGUGAGAGACGGUUCACAGUGUGUGUGUCAAACCAAGCUCGCUCACCAGGAUGGAAGCGCUCCACCGACCCAACACCGUUAACACUGUUCUAGACUGAGGACUUGGUACAGCGUGCUAGAAGGCCGGAUGCUCUGAACCAAACUCACAUACAGUAGAAUGUCCGCUUGGGGCCUGCUGGGGGGUUGUUUUGCUCUAUUUGUGAUUAAUAAAAACUCACUUCU